CAUUAUUAAAAAAAAUAAAUUAUACCAUAAUAUACAGUAUAAAUAUACUUAUUUGUAUAUAUAUAAAAAUCGGCUCUGGGUCUAUUUGAAAUCAAUUAUGACUGUCCAACAACUAUUAAAUGGACGCAAAUUACUUUUACUGACACUGAUUACUGUAUCAACUCUAGUGGCCAUCACUACUACCGGUGCUUAUGGCUAUCGUUUAAAACGAGAUGCCGAUGAAGCCGAGACUACUACCGAAGCUGCUGCUGGUGGUGACAGUACCGCCGACGGAGGUGCUGGUGGUGCUACCGAAUCGGACGAUCAAGUAGUGGGCGAAAUGAAACUAUCGGAUAUUACGCCAAAAUAUCCGGAAAAAAUUGAUAAAAUAUUAAAAGAGUCCGCAAGCGUACAGAAAACAAUAUUAUAGACACUCGGCAUAGGGGUGGGGUAGGGAGCGGGGGUAGGGGUAGGUUUAAUGUGUAUGUGUAUAGCGCCUCCUGACUAUUUUUUAGGAGGCACCCAUUUAGCUCAGAUAUCUAUCUAUUUAGUUAAAUAAUCUGUUAUUUUGUUUUUGUGUUUUUUUUUAAAAAUAUAUUGUAUUAAAAAAUUAAUAUUACUUGAAGUUUGUAUAUGUGUUUAGAUUUUUUUUAUAUAC